AUGGCGGAGAGUGAUGAGGCCAACUAUGCACUGAACAUCGCACUGAAGACCCUCCGUGAGCGAUGUCAAAACCUGGAGGGUAGAUUGACGACUGUUGAGGAAGAGAACCACCAGCUGCGCCUGAAACUUGGCGAUAGGCCACCUCAGGACGCUGCAGAGCGUGGCGACGACGAAGUGGGGAAUUUGCAGGCAAAGGUUGCGGAUCUCCUGAGGCAGAAAGCCCAGCUGACGAAUCACAUUGCCAUGGUGGCCACGGAGAAUCGUCAGCUAUGGUCACGGUUGUCGCGUCUCACGAAGGACAGUCGUACAGCCAAGGCGAGUCCCCCAUCCCCGGUGGCCAGUCAGAACCUCCUACGCUCUAAGACAUUCACACAGAACGCCCCAAAUCCAAAGCUGCGGGAAAAACUCCCGGAUAGUGAAAAUCUCAGCCUCGAGGAGAUCUCCCUGCAAAUGCUGAACGAAGUGACGGACGCCAAGCAGCAGCUGGAGAAGAAUUGUCAGGAAAUUAUGACGGGCAGCACCGCAGUGGACGGUGAGGCGCUCAUGGGAUUUGGUUUCCUGGCCGAGGAGACUCCCGACAGUGAAACGGACGUGACGGAGAAGCUAACAAAGGGCCUGGAGAGGUACAAGAAGCUAAAGGCCACAAUGGUGAAGCAGCAGUGUGACUUAAAGAUUUUGCUGGACGAGAAGAAAUCCCAGAAACUAAAAGUCUGCCGUGCAUGCGAGGAGAGAGCCUCAAUCACGAAACCCAUUACGGUGUCCAUUGACUCUCAGACAGACUUCGAAGAGGAACGAAGAUCUGCAACUCCGCUGGCGGAAACCCCAAACCCACCGGCAGUGCCUCCACAGCCACUCCCACGGAAUAUCGAUGUGCCACGCAUUGAUUUCCUGGAGCAGAAGCGCCUAGCGGACGUGCUGGAUAAGAUGUGCCCCAUGUGUGGCAUGAUCUACAGCACAACGAGUAAGUUUGAGGAGUUCCAGGAGCAUGUGGAAUCACAUUUUGUCGAUGAAAAUGAGAUGGAUUUGAGUAUCGAUCGGAAUUAUGAGAUUGUUUCGAAUUUCUGAUACUUCGACACUGGCGGGAUCCGCAAGGAGAAUUCUGAGAGAUUGGAUGGGCAUUUUUUUUAUCUCCAACUUUUAUCGUAAUCGCAAGACUACACAGUUUUCUUUGUAAAUAGUUUUUAGGUAUCCCUUCCGGACGUUUAUCCGGAGAUUUUAUCAGUAUACAAUAAACUACAUAAAAUAGAGGA